AGUGCAACACUGACUUUUGUGUCGUAAAAGGGUGAGUGAACCGCCUCAUUGUUAUUUAUUGCAUUUGUCUCUAAUAAUACAUUAAUUAGCUGUUUUACGGAUACAGCCAGUGCAAUAACAUAGGUCGCGAUCGCCAUGCCGAUGUGAGUAAUAUUUAAGAGGUGUGGCACGUCGCUGGGGCGUUGUUUCUUAGUGCAGUGACAUUAUUGGUGUGAAAAAUAUUCUGCCUAUCUCGACGCAACAUGACCGAGUACAAAUUGGUUGUGGUAGGCGCUGGAGGCGUCGGUAAAUCCGCAUUGACUAUACAACUGAUACAGAAUCAUUUUGUGGACGAAUACGAUCCUACGAUCGAGGAUUCGUAUCGCAAACAAGUGGUGAUAGAUGGUGAAACGUGCUUAUUGGAUAUUCUGGAUACAGCUGGACAAGAGGAGUAUUCUGCUAUGAGGGACCAGUACAUGCGGACGGGAGAAGGAUUCCUGUUGGUGUUUGCAGUGAAUAGUGCUAAAAGUUUCGAGGACAUUGGCUCGUACCGGGAGCAGAUAAAGAGGGUGAAGGACGCAGAGGAGGUGCCGAUGGUAUUGGUCGGAAACAAAUGCGACCUUCAAGCCUGGGCCGUGGACAUGACGCAGGCGCGCGAAGUCGCACGGAGUUACGACGUCCCCUUUGUGGAAACAUCAGCGAAAACACGCAUGGGUGUCGACGACGCCUUCUACACGCUAGUUCGAGAGAUCCGCAAGGACAAGGAGAGCCGCGGCAAAAAGUACAGGCGAGGCAACAAGCGAGGACCCCGGGGGCACUUCAAGUGCAUAUUACUGUAAAUAGUUACUGACACACUAAUAUUUAUGGAUAUUGUCUAGUUCAAACUUUUGCGUAUGGUUGAGAUAAAUUUCGAGCUGUUGAGGUGCAGGUGGAACACACACAACCUGUGACAGAAUACAGAAAGUAAUGAAUAGGUCAGAAUAAAGGCAGAUUGCCAAUGCUGUGUUGCAUAUAGCUUAACAAUCCCACUGAAAUACAUUAAACAUCACACAACAAAGUUUUUGAAUGUUGAUUUAUUGAUGGAUGAAUAAAUCUACACAGAUAGAUACUAAGUUCAUAUAACCAUUGUUAUGGAGGCAUUGUCAAUACUUAUGAAAUCAAUAUAAAAUUGCUUGAGUUAUUAACAGAAUAUUCUUCCUUAAGGGCAAAGCAUCUUAAUCAAUGAUGAUGUGAUGAAUAUCCGUAAACAUUAGUCGUUUUCUGUAUACAGCCACCUACAGAAGCGCCCUUCGGUUGUAAAGAGUAUAUCUUUAAGGAAACUGCUUGAAGGGAUAGAUUUUGGUCUUAGGAGUAUCUCUUGGGACUGAGGUUUUAUGACCAAUGAACAACAAUACUACACAUUUUUGGAUUACAUUUAAUUUUUUAGGAACAAGGAUUUCUUACUUUCUCUAAUUUCGACUUGAUUUGAACACUGCUUUUCAAACAUUGAAUGAACAUCUCAAAUUUUGUUCACUGCAGAUAUGUCAGACUGUUUGUUCGUAAACAUAGGUUUACUUACGUAUCCCAUCUGAUCGUAAAUAUACAAACCUGCGAAAUGGACGCGAAAGUGUUUGUCGAAUUGAUACGACGACGUAGACGGCUAAAAUUACAUUGUUUGUACUUAAUUUGUAAGUUUAACUUCACAUUAUCUUCGUGAUUAAUAGUGAAAGUUGGUAGUAAAAUAAACCCAGGUUGUGUUAUUUGUAUGUUGCGUACUGAUUGAUUUACGUAAUCGUCUCGCUUAUUUGCACUCAUUUCGUUGGCCUUCCAUAUGGAUGGCUGAUAUCCCUCAGCUUCAGCAGCCGGGAUAUUAAAAAGGGGCGAUAAUUAUUGAUAUUCGUAAUUUUCUUCAGUGUAUCAAUAAUGAUCCACUGUAAGCCAGUAAUGAUCGUAAUGAACAUUCAACAAACUGAGUUUACAAAAAAUCUUUAAAUAUUUUAAAAAAAUCUUUGCCAUAGAUUUCAACAUUUAAUAUAAAUUAAUAUAAAUUUCCUUAUUAAGUGUUUUAUGUUGUAUUGUUUUUUAAUGAUGGUCAGAAAACCGAAUCUCAUAUGACUUCUAUCAUGUUAAGGUGCUAUUGUAAAUCAUGGUACGUUUUAUAAAAAAAAAACAAUUUGCCAUAACACUUUAUAGGUCAACUUCGUAUCUGUGUGGUGGAGAUAUAUUUCACACUUCUAGUGUAAGCUUUCAACACUCAAGACUAUUUUAUGAAUAAUAUAGAUAGAUAGUGAGAAAAGUGUUUGAAUGAAAUGUAUUUUUUAAUUUGAUCUAUAAAUUCUUGUCGCAAGUUAUGAAUGUACGGCAGUUUUCAUUUGAUAUGCUCGCCACAAAACAUGGUUGUGCAUGAUCGUUCGGUUAUUUUAAUUAGUAGACGCAGGGUGACGUUAUUUAAUUAAAAUGCAUACAUUAAGUGAGGGUCACACUGCGCGAUUACUGGCGACAUGAGAUGGAAAUAAUAAUUUAUACUGCGUGGUAAAUAAGAACGUCUGCAUAUUUGACCGAUUUAAUAACAAGUGAGUGUUUCCUUAUUAUUAGACAUUUUCAUUUAUGAACCGUAGCCGAAGCUUGAAGGUUACAUGAGUGAAUACGCAGUGUGAUGGUAUCAGUGAGUGGAUUAAGGUAUUAUAAUAUGUAAACAACUCAUGUAUGGCGCGAAUCAAACCAUGGCAUAUUUAAUUUGCGAUCACUGUAACCACUCUCGAAUUAUACUCGUGCAGCUUUAAGCCGAGUGAUAAUACUUAUCAUAUCACAUAUAUGUAUUAUAGUCUUUGGUAAAUUAAUUAAUAUUUGACAGGUCUUUCAAAUCUACCAUUGGAUUCGCAAAUAUUAUUCAAACAUGUUUCAGAAAAAAGUUAUUACGAAACUAGGACAUGGAAAUAGGUAUCUAUAAAUUAACUUAAACUAGAUUCAUUGUUCUAAUAAAUGCGUCAACCGUUUACUUAUCAACAUAACUUUUCAUUGACUACUCAUAUCACAACAAUGUCGACUAAUACGCGCUCGGCAAAUCUCAAGGCCACCGAAUACCUACGAAUACUGUUAUAUGAUAAUUAAUUAAUUAAUCUAAACUUCAUUUUGUCAACAAUUCUGUCCAGGCUAGACUAUGAAACUUGGAAAAUAAUAAAGGAGGCGAUCAAAAAAUAUAUGUGCUUAAAUGAUUGAGAUUAUUAUACCUACUAUAAUUUUACAAUCAUGGUCUGAGACAUUUUAGAAAUUAUAUUCUUAUAUAAAAUGCAAAACAUGUUAGUUAGCUACCAGAAUGUUAUAAAAAAUUCUGGAAUUAUGUAUGUGAACAUUUGAAGGAUUAUCAUGAAAGCUGCUGCAUAUUCCUAAUAGGUUUACAUUGUUAAUUAAAUUCCAGCUAUUGUGCUAUACCUAAUAGCCCAUUCGUUGACGCCACAAAAAUUGUCUACAACUUUUUGAAGAUUAUUUUAAGAUAUUGUCUGCUUAUCAAGAUUUUAUAAAAGUAUUUUAAGUGCUUGAUUUCAAAAUACUUUACAAGGUGGAUAUAAAUAUCCGAUAUCAAAUGUUUGUUAAUAUAGCUUAAUAUUAAGAUCAUUGUUAAAUGUUUUCUACUGUAGCUAAUUUUACACGUAGUGAAUAAUUCUUCAUUGCCGCUGAUUAUUAAAUGACUUAGGCUAACCACAAAAAAAUCGACUGUCCUUGAAAGAAAUCGCACCAAAUCUUCACUUCGAGAAAAUGAUGUUGAAAUAAUUUCAUUUCUUAGAUUCGCACAUCAUUCAGUGGCAUAGUUAUUAAACAUAGAAUCUGGUGCAGAGAUUUUCUGGGCCCCAAAACAUGUUUGCACCAGCUAAGCUGACGUAAACGAUUUGUAUAAAAUCUGACAUCAGUGUUUUAGCAUUUUAAGACCUCUAUAACACUUUGCAAAUACAUGAUAUGAUGAUACACUCGAUAAGAUGAUGUGAAAUGAUUCGUCACAGUGGGCCAUAAACUUGUAUUCCUAAAUGAUUAUGUGAUCUCUUCCAAGUCCAAUUUCUAUUUAAAACAAUAAAGUUGUGUUAAGUUAAUUACAUUUAUACGCCGAAAUUGAGAUGUCUCUUAAAUUAAUCUUUUAAGCUUGGUCCUGUCUAAAACCACCAAAAUGUAAGAUCGACUUUUCCUCGCCAGUUAUUUUCUACUAUUUUAUCACCUACAAUAAUAUAAAUGAAUGUUUUAUUAGAACGCAUUAGACUGAAUGUAUAGUUGCUUUUAUAUUACUGCCUUCAGUUCUAAAUGUGCGCUUUUAGUCUUAAGUUUUAUUUAAUUUGACCAGUGUUUUCAAUUUAAUGUACAUAAUGUAAUAGUAUGUAAUAGAUAGCUUCUUUUCGGAUAUGAAAUACUAACAUUUGUCACUUUUAGGGUACUAAGAAUAUAACAGGGAUAACGAUACCAUUUAUAUGAUGACAAUGAGAAUAACAAGUCCUUUUUUCAUAUAUAUGCUGCAUACAAUGAAUAUAUCGAAACGAAUUUUUUGCAACAUUAUUCAAUAUUUUUUCUUAUUUUGACAGUUUACUAUAGAUCUUAAGUUAUUGAUAUAUGACUAGCUAUUAGUUUUGUAUGUAUAAUUAAUUUUGCUUUAUACAAAAUUUGCUUACGCAUUAAUGCUGCCAUGAGAUACCUUCACCGGAUAUUUUUUAUUUGCCAUAAAGUUUUGUCAAUUUUAUAGACAUAUUAUUAUGUAAUAACAUUUUAUAUAUUUUGUUUUAGCUUUGCGACAUGUAUAAUAUAACGUCUUAAGUAACAGGUAAUAUUGAUAAAGAAUAUUUUUAUUCUCAUCAAAAUUGACUUCAGAUCUAGUGCACAAUUUUGUUGGAAAUAGUAGAUAUUAUACGAUUAAUUCGGUAACCGUAUAGCACAACAAAGUGUGCUAAUUGAAAUAAAUAAAAUUGACAAGAAAA